UUUGUGUACAGUGUACUUAAUUUCAGUAUGGCGUCGGACGGUUGUGGGGGACAAGUUGGCUUAAUUUGUCUCCAACAUAACUGGGGGCGGUGUUAACACGGAGACGUUUUUCGUUGCAAUUCUUUUAUCCGAAUAUCAGAUUUAUUUUUUUCAAAAAAGGUGGAACAUUCUUGGUAUCAACGGGACUGGUGUUGCCUUGUGUGGCUGGUUGCUUGUAAGGCUUGGUUUUCCUUCAACACUAUUUGAGUAGCCAUUGUAAGCCGAACCCUCAAAACCACGUAUUUGAUUGUUUUUACUGAAUAACUUAGCAUUGGCCUUUCUCUGCGACAAAUACCCAAGUCACAGACACAGCCGACACACAAAAGACAUAGUUUCACGAAUGGCAUUUACCUAAGUUGGGCAACAUUAUCGGUUAGCCAAACUAGCAGGCGACUUAGCUGCCUCAACUAUCACACACCAGCUUGACAACACUUGAGUAACAGAUCAGGCGUAGCUACUUCUGAUAUCAGGUAAAGCCCGAUCGUAUCACACGAUGGACAAAACAUAACUCGUAUGUCUUGUGUAGGACUGCCUGAAUGCUAAUUGCGGGUGAGAUUUCCCCCUCGAGGACUGUGAGCUAGUAAACUACUAGACAGUGUUGCUGUUGUGGGGAGGGGUGGUAGCUAGCUAUGCAGGGAUGCUAGCUAAUCAGUCGGUGAAUAUUAGCAACCCAGCCAUAUGUGGUGUGCGUGCUUGAAUGUUUCUGUGCACAUAUAGCAAGUGUUUGAGGCAGAAAGACGCUGGAAAUAAGUUACUGGAUAUUUAAGUUGGGCGAUUCUCUUGCGAGUGUUUGGAUAAACCAGCGCAAAUUUGAGUGUCAAAAUCUAGAAAGGCCAAGUAAUAUUACUCACAGUUGAGCUAGGUAACAUGGUUCAUCUGACAGGGGCUAACCCCAAUUGAGUUUGUUGGAGCUAUUCUGAUCUGGAGUUUGCAUGUGAAGCGAAGUCUUCUGUGGAUAACAUGGCUGUCUUUGUUGACUGUACACUCGCUAAUACCUGAUAAUGACUUGCAACAGCAGUUCGGAAAGAAAUAGGUAUGUCUCCGUGAGUGUUGUUACUGAAUUGCGACUGUUCUGAAGGGGUAAUGUGAAUGUUCUUGGACUACCUGUCGAGACAAAUCUUUUUAUAAACGUGUUUUUUUACUUCCGGUAAAUUUAAGUCGGUCAUUCUGGAUCAAGAAACCUUGUCUUUCGUAUCUGGUUGGAGUAACACUCCCAAGCCAUCCUCAAUGCCUUCAGCGCUGGCCGUCUUUACCUGCCGCCCGAAUUCACACCCAUUUCAGGAACGCCAUGUCUACCUGGACGAACCAGUCAAGAUUGGGCGAUCCGUGGCUCGCUGUCGGCCCGCCCAGAACAACGCCACUUUCGACUGCAAGGUGUUGUCCAGGAAUCACGCUCUUGUCUGGUUUGAUCACAAAACGGGAAAGUUUUACCUCCAGGACACCAAGAGCAGCAACGGCACCUUCAUCAACAGCCAGCGCCUGAGCCGCGGCUCUGAAGAGAGUCCACCUUGCGAGGUCCUGUCUGGUGACAUUAUUCAGUUUGGAGUCGACGUAACUGAGAACACACGCAAAGUCACCCAUGGUUGCAUCGUGUCCACCAUCAAGCUGUUCCUACCGGAUGGCAUGGAGGCUCGGCGGCGAUCAGAUGUGAUCCAAGCACCAUUACCACAGCCUAUUGAUAAGGUGGCAGCAAACACGCCCAGUAUGUACUCUCAGGAACUCUUCCAGCUAUCGCAGUAUCUGCAGGAGGCUCUGCACAGGGAGCAGAUGCUUGAGCAGAAGCUGGCUACGUUACAGAGGCUGCUGACCAGCACGCAAGAGGCUUCAGAGAGUAGCUGGCAGGCUUUAAUAGAUGAGGACCGUUUGCUGUCUCGUCUCGAAGUGAUGGGAAAUCAGCUGCAAGCUUUCUCCAAAAACCAGUCUGAAGACAGCAUUCGGAAGGAGUUGGUGAACUUGCAGGAGGAUAAGUUCAAUUAUGAGACGACAGCCAAAGAGUCACUGAGGCGGGUUCUUCAAGAGAAAAUUGAGGUGGUCCGAAAGCUCUCGGAGGUGGAGAGGAGUCUUAGCAACACAGAAGACGAGUGCACGCACCUGAAGGAGAUGAACGAGCGCAGCCAGGAGGAGCUGCAUGAGCUGGCCAACAAGUACAACGGCGCCGUCAACGAGAUCAAAGACCUGACCGACAAGAUCAAGCUGGCAGAGAGCCGUCAGGAGGAGCUGACUCAGAAGGGCCAGAGUGAGAAGGCGGCUCUGCAGCUGCGCAUCGAGGAGAUGGAGGAGAAGGAGCAGGCACUGCAGGCCAGAAUAGAGGCCCUGCAAGCCGACAACGACUUCACCAACGAGAGGCUUGCAGCGCUGCAAGUGAGGUUAGAGCAACUGCAGGAGAAAAGCAUAAAGGAAAACAACAGUUUAGCUGUGAAACAGUUGAAGGAGGCAGUGGAUUCCUCAAUACACAAGCUAGCCAACUUUGAUGAAGUCAUAGAUGCACAUCUCCAGAAUAACCAAACUGCAGGGGACAACAGCCUGGCCAGUCCAGAGAGACUGAAAGAAAAUCAAAUGGACGCGAAAGAGUCGGAUAUGUCUGACACACUGAGCCCCAGCAAAGACAGAAGCAGUGACGAUACUUCAGAGGGACAAAUGGAUGAACAGGAGAUGAACGAUCCUGAGAACAGGGUGACUCUUCUUAAAGAUGAGCUGCAAAGGGCCAAUCUAGAGACAGCCGACACGGACCAAGUGAUCCACCACUUGCACCGGGAACUACUAGAGGCCCAAGAACUGGCCAACAUGGGCAAGCAGAAAUGCUUAGAGCUGCAAGCUUUGUUGGAGGAGGAGAGAAGGACCAACCUGCAGCAGACUGAGGAAUCUUCCAGACAGAUCCAGUACCUGCAAACUCAGCUGCAUAAGCUGCAGGCGGACAUGGAGAACCUUAGGGAGCAGCGUGAGAACACCAUCAGCACCACUCGCGAGGAGCUGUUCAGCGCCCAGGAGGAAGUCACCCUUCUUCGCCAGGCCAUGGAGAAGGCCACCGGCGAGCGAGAACGUGACAUCACUACCCUGCAGGCUGAACUCGGCUGCGUCACGUCCGAGCUGGACAAGUGGAAGCAGGCAGCCGCCAAGUACGAGGUGGAGAUCAGCACCUUACAGGCCAGCUUCCAGCAGCAGAGCCUUCAGCAGGCGAAAGCUGCGCAGCUGCAAGGUGAGUUGGAGAAGCUUCAGCAGGAGUAUAGCAGCCUGCAGAAGGAAUGUGAGGGUCUGCGCUCUGAGAAAGUUUCUCUGAUGACGAGGCUCCAGCGGCUGGAAACAGAGCUGGACAGUUCGCGGGAGGAGAGUGCAACUCUUAGCUGCAGUCUGAAUGCCCUGGAGAAGACCCAGGGAGACCUGCAGAGCCGCCUGGGCUGCAUGCAGGAUCAGCAUCUCCAGGACGCCAGCAUGCUGCGGAGUCAGCUUGCCCAGGCUGACAGUCACACUAAGAGCUUACAAAGAGAGUAUGAAGACACUCAGUUGCAGCUGUCUGACUUGAGACAGCGUUACGAGAGGACCGAACAAGAGAAAUUGUCCAUUAACGCAGAGCUGGAACAGUGCAAGGUGAACCUGAAGCUGUUGCAGGAUAAGGGAAAGCAUAGCGGUUGGAUGCCUUGGAUGCCGGUGGUGGCUGUGAUGGUGGCAAUGGCGACAGCACUUCUGUACCCCGGCCUGUCAAAGAGCAGCCCCUCUUGAACAGCGCCAUGGCAGCGGCACAUCUGGAGUUCAGAGUGUACUCCUUCUCAACACACAUGCAUGCACACAUGCACGACACGACGACAUGCGCACACGCACACACACACACACACACACGCACGCACACACACGCACGCACACACACACACACACACACACACACACACACACACACACACACACACACACACACACACACACACACACACACACACACACACACACACACACUCUCUAAAACGAUUCAUUUUACAUAUCCCAUCCCCUUCACCUCAGUCCCUCUUCUCUCUCUCAAGAAAACCCAAAAUCCUUUUUGGGCCCUUUGUGAUCAGAGGUGUGUCUCUCCUUUACCCCCCACCCCCCACCCCCACUCCCCCAAAGGAACCUCCUGUUCUGCAACUGUAUAGAAAUGUACCUGUAAAUACAGAAUAGAAUCAGAGGGAAUAAAAGGUUGCUACGUCUAUAUUAUAGAGAAAAAAAUAUAUCUGCUGUUUUUUUUUUCCAAUAGGUGAGAAUGUUGACUUUUACAAUGGCCUAAAAUAGGUCACUUUUCUUUUAGGUGGGUACCAAAUUACCGGCAAGAUCUUAUUUUUAUUUCUUCUUUUCCUUUUUUUUUCUUUCUCCGUGGUUUGCCAUGUUAGAUUUUGAUGUGGUAUUCUAAAUAGAUGUAAAAAGCCAAAUCCAAAUGUUUAACAUCAGGGCACCAAGGGUGAAGUGCCUAACGUCUAUCUACAACAGAGCUCUCUAGGUGUUACUGUACCUGUAUGUAUCUGUGUGAAUGUGUGUGGGAGUGGGGGAUGCACUUAAAGCAACAUUUUACCAUUUUUUGGAAAUACUCUCAUUUUACACUUCUCCUUCAGUUAAAUAAUUGAGUUCUACCAGAGGAUUCAAUGUUAAUUGUUAGAUUGGAGGUAAAAUUUGCACUGCCUGACUCAAAGAACGGCAGGAAGCACAGACGAAAGGUAAAACUCAAUUAUUUAACUCAAGGAGAGGUGCAAUAUGAGCUUACUUCCAAAAAAAGGCACAGUAUCGCUUUAAUUUAACAAAUGCUACUUUGUUUGUAAGCCAAGUGCCACACAGAACUUUGUGCAGUGUCACAUUUAACAAGGAGUGAAUCAGUGUGGUGAAACGGGAGGGAUAUUAGUGUUGUUACCCCAUUUUGUCCCUCUGUGCUCUUGUCUGUUCAACAUGCUUGUAGCACAAGUGUGUGUCCAUGUACCCGAGCCUUUGUUAAUUUGUAUUGUGUGAGCAAAAAUCAAAAAUGUCCUGGUCAAUGACACUACAAAAUAUUAAGUCAUUUGAAAUUAAAACUGUUCCUUGAUA